UAUGUUGGGUAACAGGUAGGAUUAGGCCUGUAGGGAUGCAGUGUUUUAAGGAGUGGUGUCCUCACACAGAAGGACACAGCUGGUGUGUCUGUGAGUCAGAGGGAGGAGUUUUGACCUAAUCGAGGGUAAAGAGGAAAAGGAAGUUAUCCUCUGCAGAGACAGUCGUGAACUCAGCCUCAUUCCUCUUUACUAGUGUUUGUGUGCGUUGUCGGUUACACUAUGAUAAAGGUCUGUGUGUGGACCGUGUGUCUGUUUACUGCUCUGACUGUCGGGGUGAAGAGUCUAACACAAACAGGUUACGUUGGAAAAAAUGUAACAUUCCACUGCUCAGACUGGAAGGGUUUCAUUUGGAGUAAUGUGAAAUCUUACGUUAAGUACAUUUGUAACAACCCAUGUACAAAAGACGAACAUGUGAUCAUGAAAGUAAAACCUGGAGAGACUAAACAUGAGAACAGAAUAUAUUUAUUCAACAACGGAGUAACUUUGUCUGUGACCUUCAUUAAUCUCCAGAAGUCAGACUCUAGGACAUAUUACUGUGGACUGGAUGAGAAUUUACGAGAGUCAUUAAUAGAAGUGAACCUUAACGUUAGAGAUGCAUUGAUUCCUGGUCCACAGACAACAGUUAGAACAGUCAGUGUCUGGUCAAGCUCCACUGUGUCUUCAAACAGCAAAGAUAUUACUUCAGAUAUUUCAUCAUUGUUCACCACACGUCAGUCAACAGCAACUGCUGCAUCAGAAGCACAUGGAGGUGGAAGUGUCCGGUUUGUGAUCAUUCGUACAAUUGUCAUCAUUACACUGGUGGUUCCAUUGUUGCUUAUAACAAAAAUUGUGAUCAAGAAAAAAACAAAGGUUGAAUCUCAACACAACAAGACACAACAGAAGGUGUUGUGAUCCUACAGAAUGCAGAACCUGAGGGAGUUUAUCAAACACUCCAGCCAACGACUGAGGAGCAAGUCUACAGCAGCCUCACAGUGAUGGAGCAGGACUCCUCACAGCCGUCACCACAUCCACUCACUCUCUAACUGCUGGAGUCUCACUCUAUGUGAUAAAAUGAUGAUCUGACGAACCCAACUGAUGAAUGCGUGCAAUGAACGUUAUGCUACCAAAGGAGAACAUUAAAUGGCCAUAUUGUGGGGAAUUAACUGUCUAUGGCUGCUGCAAACAAAAUAAUUUCCAUAUUGUGCUUUUUGUUCAAAUUGUGAGUUGUCAAUAAAAUGGUUUUCAUCUCUUUUAUGUGUAUUUGUACUGUACAUGUUUUCUAUUUUAUAAUACUGUGGUAUGUGUGUACUGUCUUUACUACUGUAGACUGGCUGGUUAUAUGUUGGGUGUCCAUGUUGGGUAACAGGUAGGAUUAGGCCUGUAGGGAUGUAGUGUUUUAAGGAGCGGUGUCCUCACACAGAAGGACACAGCUGGUGUGUCUGUGAGUCAGAGGGAGGAGUUUUGACCUAAUCGAGGGUAAAGAGGAAAAGGAAGUUAUCCUCUGCAGAGACAGUCGUGAACUUAGCCUCAUUCCUGUUCACUAGUGUUUGUGUGCGUUGUCAGUUUCACAAUGAUGAAAGUCUGUGUGUGGACCGUG